AUGAAGAAACAUGAAGUCAACUACCCUACCCAUGACUUGGAGCUUGUAGCUGUUGUGUUCGCUUUGAAGAUUUGGAGGCACUACCUUUACGAUGUUUCUUACUACCAUUUCCACAUCCAGUAUCACGAGGGAAAGGCGAAUGUAGUUGCGGAUGCCCUUAGCAGGAAGUCAAGUCAUAAUGUCAAUGCUUUGAUUGUGGCCAAUGAGUUGUGUGAAGAUAUGAGGAGAUUGAACCUUGAGGUUAUCAACCAAGGAGAGUUAGAGGGAUUACUAAGUGCUUUAACCAUCCAACCUUCCAUAUUUGAGGAGAUUAAAGAAAAGCAACUGGAGGAUGAGUCGUUUCAAAAGAUUAAGGAUCGUGUGACUAGUGGUGCGGAGACUGAAUUGAAGAUUCAUGAGGAUAGGAGCUUGAGAUACAAGGAGAGAUGGUGUAUACCAUAG